AUGGUGGACGACAAGGUGAUUGUGAAGCAAGAGGUAAAGACAGAAGUUAAGACGGAACCUGAGGCUUUAGCUUCUUUAAAUGGUGCACCACGUCUGGACGCUGCUAUGUUCUAUCGCCGUCUCGAACGUCUUUAUAGCGCAUGGAAGGAACACAAGCAUGAAGUUCCGUGGGGUGGAAGUGACUCGUUCUGUGUCCUUGCGGGUCGUGCACAACAGGAAGAGUCAGGAUAUCGCAAAUCUGCGUUAUUACAGAUCUUUUUAUUGGGCUUUUUGGAGUUUCCUGAAACGCUUAUGAUAUUUACCCCCAAGACGUUGUACGUGCUUACAGGUGGUAAGAAAUACACGAUGCUUGAGGCUGUUGCAAAGGAAAAGACACUGUCGAAAAGUGUCAAGUUAGAGUUAUUAAAGCGGAAUAAAGAAGAUGGAAACAAAAGCAAUUUCAGAGUUCUGACUGAUGCGAUCAAAGCCAGUGGAACAAAGAUAGGGGUCUUGAGUAAGGAAAAUCCAUUAGGAGAGCUCGUGAGUAGCUUUAAUAAAGCUCUAACAGCCACAAACGUUGAGCAGAUUGAUGUGAGCAAAGGGAUUGAAAUGGUGUUAUCAGUGAAAGAGAGUGAAGAGCUUGAAAAUAUUCGAUGGGCAGGGGCUUUAUCAAGUAAAGUGUUCAAACUCAAAUUUAUGGAAGAUAUGGAGCAAAUUAUUGACGAUGAACAAUCGAUUAGUCAUGAGAAAAUUUCAAUGGCUAUUGAAGAUGUGUUUGAUAAUCCAUCAAAGAUUAAAGUGACUAUUGAUCCAGUAGAUAUUGAACCGUGUUACCCACCAAUUAUUCAAUCUGGAGGGAAGUAUGAUUUAAAACCUAGUGCGCUAAGCAAUAGCGAUGCAAUGACGUAUGAUGUCAUUAUUUGUUCUCUUGGUGCACGGUACAAAGGCUAUUGUUCCAAUGUUGCUCGAACAUUCUUCAUCGAUCCAACAAGUUCCAUGGAAAAAGCGUAUGAGUUGUUACGAGAAGCACACGAGCUAUGCAUUAAGGAGUUGAUUCCAGGUAAAAGUGUGGGUAAAAUUGUGGAAAAAGUGCGGAAGUUUGUUCAGUCGAAAAAUGCCACGCUGUUUAGCAAAUUGACUAAAAAUUUGGGAUUUGGAAUUGGAUUGGAAUUUCGCGAGUCGUGUAAUUUAUUAACGACAAAAAACCAAACGAUCAUUCAAGAGGGGAUGGCUUUUAACGUUGCGUUUGGAUUUAAUGACAUUCCUAUUCCCGAAUCGCAGCGAAAAAAAAAGAAAUUGGAAAGUUACGCUGUAUUUCUUGCUGAUACUGUCGUUGUGUUGGCGAAUGAGACGAAAUGUUACACAAAAGUGCCAAAAGCGUGGGGCAAAGUGCGUUACGAUAUUGAAGAAGAUGAUGAGAAGGUAGAUGAAAAGAUUAAGAGUAAAUCGAGUAAAGGUAAAGAUAGUUCUGUACACGGAAAUGUGGACUCGUCGCUGUCAGGUACUCGAAAUCAGGUGCUUCAGUCACGUCUUCGGGACCAGCAACGACAGCUUGAAGGUAAAGAAACAGAUCAGGAGCGUCGAGACCGGCACCAAGCUGAACUUAUGCGUCGAAAACGUGAAGAAGCGAUGCGUCGAUUGGAAGAACAGGAUAAUGGGAUGUCGGAUGAUCCAAAGAAGGAAAAAAGCAUUCGAGCGUAUGCUGGUCCACAGAAUUAUCCGUCUGAAUUGCGUGAACGUCAAGUAAUGGUCGACAUGCGUGCCGAGGCGGUGAUUCUUCCGAUCAACGGGGUUCCAGUGCCGUUCCACAUCUCAACUAUAAAGAAUGUUAGCAAGUCGGAAGAAGAUAAGGCGACGUACUUGCGUAUUAACUUUUUCGUACCUGGGACAUCACUCGGACGCGAUGUGCUUCCAGCCAUGGCGAAUGCAAUCACAAAAUAUCCUCACAAGAUGUUUAUCAAAGAAUUGGGAUUUCGCUCGACGGAUGCACACAAUCUAAAUAACCAAUAUCGAUUAAUUAAAGAGCUUCAGAAGCGAGUAAAGCAACGUGAACAGCGUGAACAGGAAGAGUCGGAUUUAGUGGUCCAAGAAGACUUGAUUUUGACUCGUGAUCGUCGUGUACCGCGUUUAAUUGACUUGUCAGCGCGACCGCACUUGACGGGCCGUAAAACUCAUGGUACGCUGGAAGCGCAUUCAAAUGGUGUGCGAUUCACUACGAACAAGAACCAGAAACUUGACAUUCUAUACGCGAAUAUCAAGCACGCAAUCUUUCAACCAUGCGAUAAGGAACUCGUUGUUUUGAUUCACUUCCACUUAAAGAAUCAUAUUAUGAUUGGCAAGAAGAAACAAAAGGACGUCCAGUUUUAUACUGAAGUUAUUGAAGGCUCACAGACGCUAGACAAUCGACGACGAUCGAUGUACGAUCCUGACGAGUUAGACGAAGAAAAUCGAGAACGUGCAUUGCGAGAGAAGCUGAAUACAACGUUUAAAGAAUUUUGUCACAAAAUGGAAAGUGUGUCGGAACGACAUGGCAAAUCAGUGGUGUUUGAUAUUCCCUACCGUGAAUUGGGAUUCAUGGGUACACCAUUCAAAGAGAUGGUGCUACUUCAACCAUCCGUGCACUGUCUUGUAAGUCUAACAGACAUGCCGUUUUUCAUUAUCUCACUUGAUGAGGUGGAGCACGUCCAUUUUGAGCGUGUCAUGUUUUCGUCCAAAAACUUUGACGUUGUGUUUGUGUUUAAAAAUUUUGACCUAAUGCCAAUGCGAAUCAGUGCUGUGUCUAUGGGUGAAUUGGAGCGAAUUAAAGAAUGGCUUGAUGAUAUUGACAUUUGCUUUACAACUGGUACUGCAAACUUGAAUUGGAAGAGUAUUAUGUCAACAAUCAAGAGUGACAAUCGGUUUUACCUCGACACGGACGAUGACGGUGUUCCAAAGCCAGCUGGUUGGGAAUUUCUAAAGAUGGAAGGGUCGGAUGAUGAAGAUGAAGAUGAGGAGGAAGCUGGAGAUAGCAAUUAUUCAGGUGCUUCGGAAGAAGAUGACGAUGAAAGCGAAUCGAGUGAUUCGGAUGGCUCAGACUGGGAGUCAAUAGUUGAUGAGGAUUCCAUGUCUGAAGAACCUUCCGAUGAAGAGGAUGCUCCGACGUGGGACGAGCUCGAAAAGGAAGCACAAGCGUCCGAUCGUAUGCGCAGCGAGAAACGCGUAGAUCACCAUUCGAUGCAUGCGUUCGUACAUUUUACUGUAAGUAUGAACAGUCUUCAUGUAACGAAUAUGCCGAUGACGGAUAAAGAACUACGUGAGACUGUGCAUUUAGCUUUUAGCUGCUACGACAAAGACGACAGCAAUUCAAUCAAUGCAAUCGAGUUACAUCAUUUAGUUUCGGAUCUGGGUGGAGUCUUAACAAAGCGUGACUUUAAUCAGGCGCUUAGUAUACUAGAUCGUGACGGCAACGGCGUAAUUGAUAAAGACGAGUUUACAGCGUGGUGGAUUGAACAGUCAAAGGAGAAUGAAGUGGCGGGAGAAGUGGAAAGAACGUUGGCGAGGCUAAAGGAUCUCGGUCGUCAAAGAUUUCGAAUUGAUGUUCAUACAGCUUGUUGGAAAGGUUUUGAAGACGUCGUGUCGAGACUUGUAUGUGAUGGCUCAGAGCUCGUAAAUGCACGAGAUGAUUCGGAAUUUGGUAACCAGAAUUCGCCACUACAUUACGCAGCAUACCAAGGACACACUUCAAUCUGUAACAUUCUUAUCUCAUCUGGGGCGAGUAUCAAUGCUACGAACGGAUCUGGCUGUACGCCAGUGUUUUUCGCGUCUCAACAAGGACACGUGGAAGUGGUGCAGCUUCUACUGCAGAAUGGAGCUGAUCUUCGAAUCGUAGAGAACAAUAAUGGACUUACGCCUGUAGAUGUAUGCAAUACUCCAGCAAUACUGACACUGUUCAAAAAUCUACCAGGCCAGCCCCCAUCGAUUCCAGCAGCACCAACUUUAAAGCCUUUAUCAGAAAGCACUAUAAAAGUCUUAUGGUCACCACCUCGUCCAAACUUGAACGAAAUCCUUCCAGUUUCGGGAUACAUGAUUCAGAUCUCGUCCAACUCAGCACCAUCCAAGAUUGUACAUGCAGUUGCAUUCCCUACUGAGACUUGCGUCAAUGAUUUAUGUGCCGACACUGAAUAUCGUGCGUCGAUAUGUGCGAUCAAUCUUCAUGGUCGAAGUGAAUAUAGCGCAGAGUCGGAAAAUGUUAGGACAAAAAGAGCCAAGCCGUUAGCACCAAUCUUAAGUUUCACAAAUGUCGGACCAACGGAAUUUACUGUGAAUUGGGCUCUUGCAGCUCAAGAUCACCAAUCUAAUGUCUCUUGCAUCAUUUACUUGACGUCGCCUGAAUCCAAUGGAACAUGCAAAUGGGAGUCGGUGUUUAGCACUACUGAUCAACAUGUCAAUUUCACCACAAUCAAAAAUUUAGCUCCAAAUCAUCGAUAUAAAGUACGGUCAGCAGUCAUUAGCUUGGAAGGACAAAAAACGCUUUCCGACGCGAUAACAAUUCGAACUAGCGGAAAAGCUCGCACUUCACGUGCUGCUCAAUUUUAUCGAUUCGGUAUGACCCCAACAAAUGCGUUUGCCGUUCCUCAACCAUUAUUUGCGAGUCGAAGACAACGUACAGCUACUUGCGACAAUCAAAACACUGCCUUCUUUACUGCUGAUGACUAUGCAGCGUUUUCUGUGCGUGGUGAUGUCUACAAGUCGCGAUUUUAUGGAUCAUUAGAGACGCGUCGACAAACUAUCCUUACACCAGUCAAUGCAUCGAAAGCUAAUUCGAAACACUCAGCAACGAUUGACAAGAAACAUCGACAGUCAAAGCAUAUGGUGCAAUUACUAAUAGAGGUGAUUGAACAGCAUCAAAUUCAAGCCCCAGAGAACAUUGUAGAGCUUGAGGACGCGCGUCGAAGACUUUCUAACCUUUCAAUUGCUCAACAUGAACGGUAUCUCAUGCUACAACACCAAUUAUAUCAAGCGCUUAAGCAAGGAUUGCCGGAAGUACUUGCACUCUCAGACAAAGAGGCAAAACAAUGGCAAAACUUAAAAGCAGAGGUUGAACAGGAACAAAUAUGUUUUUGUCGAAUGAUGGCAAGAGGAUUAGAAGCAGAAUUAGCUGUGGUUGAGAAGCAAGUGACAACACGGACGAGUACAUGGUAUGAUGCAUGGCUCGCACAGUGUUGGAACGAUGUCAAUCGUUUGUAUCCUAGAUGGUUUGAACCAUGCAUGGUCGUCAGAGUGGCUUCUUGUGCUCAUGAAAACACGAAAGUUGCUGAUUUGACAGCCAAGGAGGUGGCUACUCGAGGCACGUGCUGCGUUAUUGAUCUAAAUACUUAUGCGGUUCAUCAGCCGGUUAUAAAUAUUGAAAAAGAGACCGAGGAGGAUUUAAUCCAUGUCGUAGCACCACGUCAAGCCAUUUCCGCUGAUAUUCAGGCUGAGGAAUUGAUGGAACAAUAUGAUUGUGACUUAGCUAUUUCAUCUUCGACAUUGAUGACACUCUUUGAUAGCGAUACACCAGCUCGCUUUGGCUAUGUUCCUGAUAAGUGGGGAAUCUUAAUGAAAUCCCGAGCAAGUAUUCAUGAAAAUGGCAAAGCGACAAAAAGACGCGUUUUCUUAGAUCGCCCACUUCCUGGAAACACAAAUAGCACACGAGAAAAGGUAAUAGAAGCAGGACGCGCUGAUUUAUUGUCACGUUUCGAGACUGAAUCGCUUGUUAAAGGAUCUACAGGUGGACGAACGUCGUAUCACGUCUGGCAAUUAAAUGGGAUGCGAAUUCUUGUGCGUAGUACAACAUACGCAAAUAUGACUAAUUCGACAUUGUCAGAAUUGGAUAAAACGAAGGAAACUAUCGCACCCUUGAGCGUAUUUGUAAAACCAGAUUACCAAUUGUUGGGGAUAGAAGAGCAGCUCACAACAAGUGAACGAUGCCGCUUUUGGCUUCAUUCAUGGCUUCGUGGAAGCCCAGUCGUUCUUGUAGCUCGUGUGAAUCCUCGAAAUGACACAAUAACGUCAUGGAAUACGUAUACUCCAACAUCACUUCUCUAUGGCGACAGUGCGCAACGUCUUUUGCCACCUGAGACUUUUGAUCCGUCUUUAAAAUUUCAGUGGCUAUCAACGAUAUUCACGACAUUAGUUGAUCUCCCUGUUGGUACCUACCUCUUGCGUCCGUUUGACUUGAAAAAUUCAUACACGUUUGGCAAAAAGCGUGGUGGAGUGGAAGUCUUAAUGGCUACAACAGAGCGUGGUUUGGAUCAAACGAUUGUUGAUUUGUACGACUCUAUGCCGACAUCUGCUCCGUCAGUACAGUCAUCUUUUGACAUGGUGUCAUCUAAAAUUCCUGUUCUUCCAUCCUGGAAUCUUUCUGACAGAGUUCCGUACACCUUUCAGACAGGCAUGUAUUGUCUUUCAUUCUUUUUAAAUGGAAUAUGCUCGUCUGUAGCGGCGGGUAAAAGUUGUGAUCGUGCUCAUUUGCGUCUUCCAACGCAAACAAGUUCGAGUUCAAGGAUAGCAGCAAAAUCAAAACGAUGGAGAUUCGAGAAUGUUAAAAAAGUAUCGGAGUAUGCAACGUAUACGAAUAUUGAGGUGCGGGAUCGUUUUGUAACAACUAACUUUCGAUUUUGCGGAGAAGAUAAGGCUCCACCUAUUAUCUCAGAUGUUUCUGAGGUAUAUGCGCCGGUCCAUUGUAUCAAACAAGCAAGAGAGUGCUCACAACCACAUUUGACGCUUCAUCAGAUUCUCAAUCGACUUGCAGACGAUUUGUUACAUAAGGAGCGAGAAAAGCGACGAGUACAAAAGAAUGGAUAUCGUCAGCGGCAGAAAAAAAUCAAGAACGUAAGCACUGAUUGA